AUGGCUCUGGAGAGAUCCCUCCUGCUGUUCCCCUUGCUGGUAAUGCUAGUAGUGAGUCUGGUCUCAUCAGAGACCUCAGCAGAGAGGUUCGAGCGGCAACAUGUGGACUCAGACCGCCCAGCCCUCAAUGAUAAUGCCUACUGCAACCAGAUGAUGAGAAGCAGGGGUAUGACAAAGGAGAGUUGCAAGCAAUUCAAUACCUUCAUAUUGGAGUCCGUCUGGAAGAUCCGGGCUAUCUGUUGGAAUACAAAGGCCCCAUGCAAGCACGAGUUUUCUAAUUGCCACAAGAGCAGCAAACCCCUGCAGGUUACUGAGUGCCGACUAAAGGGCAAUGCCCAGUACCCCCAAUGCAAGUAUCAGGCUACAAAUGUCAAGAAACAUAUCAUUGUGGCCUGCUAUGGGUGGCCCUCUCUGCCUGUGCACCUCGAUUCUUCAAAGAGUGAUAGAUGCCUGAAAUAG